AUGACGCCGUCAAAAAAGCGUUCCCGCACCGAGUCUAGCGCACAAGAUACUCCAUCCCGCAAGCGCCGCUCAGGGAAUCAUGCCUCGCCUGAACAGCCAGAAGGUCUCACGUCCGCACAUGAUACUCCAUCCCGCAACCUCCGCUCAGGGAAUCAUGGCUCACCUGGACAGCCGGAAGGCCUCACGCCCGCACACGAUACUCCAUCCCGCAGGCGCCGCUCAGGGAAUCAUGGCUCACCUGAACAGCCGGAAGGCCUCACGUCCGCACCCCACGAGUCGUUCGAAGUGUCGAUCACGGGGCAAUACACAUGGUGGCCGAUCGUGGAAAUCCUCAGUCACCGUUUUCAGGACAACAAGCAUCAGUAUCAGAUCGACUGGGAACCACAUCCCGUCACCGGGGAGACGUAUGUUCCAACUUGGCAGAACGAAGAUGACCUUAAAGAAGAGUCGCUCACGUCCUAUUGGAAAAGAAGGGACGCAGCCGAUGCACGAAAUCAAGUGAAAAGAGAGAGCUCACAGACUCAAAUGGACGAAAGCGACGACGAACCCAUCUACUUAGGGACAAGGGUAGUGGGUCCCAGGUCUCGUUCCUUCCAAGGCUCCUCAGCUCCGCCGGCACCACCCGGGGAAGAAGAGUCCACGGCCCAGCCAAUGUCCAGCCCAGAGCCUGAGGAAGCGUCCGAGCCUGAGGCAGAGUCAGAGCCCGACGAAGCGUAA